UAUUUACCACCUUUUCCCUGUAUUUAUUACAAGAAAGUUUAGCAGCAAACCAAAGAAGAUUACGGAAUGAAUGUAAUACGUAUUUGUAAAUGUUUUAUUAACAAUUAGUACAUAAACAUAACCUGUAAUAAAGAUGUCUCAAAAGUUAGCUAAAGAAUCUUUCCGAAGUGUAUUCAAAGUGGUAGACAAGGAAUCCUUGAGAUGGUUUCCAGGACAUAUGGGGAAAGGCCUGAAGCAGAUGCAACAGAGACUGAAAAAAGUUGAUUGUGUGAUGGAAAUUCAUGAUGCCCGCAUCCCAUUCUCUGGCAGGAAUUCAGACUUCAAAUACACCAUAUCUGGCAUUAAACCUCACAUACUGAUCCUGAACAAAGUGGAUCUCAUUGAUAGUCGUAUUAAGAAGCAAAUUGAGACAAAGUUGAAGAACGAAUGUGAGCAUGUGAUAUUCACCAACUGCAAACUUAGUAAUGAUGCAGGUGUAAAGAAACUAUUUCCAUUGGCUCAAGAAUUGAUCAAUAAAUCUGAUAGAUAUAACAGGAGCGGAGAGGAAGAUUUCUGUGUGAUGAUGAUUGGUGUGCCUAAUGUUGGGAAGUCUUCUUUGACGAAUUGCUUGAGAAACAGGUUUCUAAGGAAAGGAAAUGCUUCACAGGUUGGAGCUAGACCUGGAAUAACAAGGAGCGUUUUGAUGAAAAUUAAAAUCUCUGAAAAACCGUUAUCCUAUAUGCUGGACACGCCGGGAAUCCUUACGCCAAAUAUUCCAAAUACCGAAGUCGGUUUAAAGUUGGCCCUCUGUAAUACAAUCGAAGAUCAUCUCGUUGGGGAGACUACUAUUGCUGAUUAUUUACUUUAUUGGUUGAACAAAUUUCAGCAUUUCGAGUACGUCCAGGUGUUUGGCUUGAAAGAGGCCACCGACGAUAUUCUGGAAGUCUUAACGCAAAUAGCGUUGAACAAUGGAAAAAUGCUAAAGUUCAAAGACCCAUCUGCCGGGAUGUACGUGCAGAGACCCAAUUUAGACGCCGCAGCGAAACUCAUGAUUAAGAGUUUCAGGAUUGGAGAACUCGGAAAAUUAAUGCUCGACGAGGAGUUCCUCUGAUUCAUAGUUUAAUAAAUAGCCUUUUAAUGUUUACACCAUCUCAUGCAUUUCAUUAAAGUUAC